AUGGGUUUCGCUGACCGGUUUAUUGAGCUUAUAAUGCUUUGUGUCACCACGGUUCGAUAUAAGGUGGGUAUUAAUGGCGAUCUCAUAGAUUUUAUUGUACCGACUUGUGGACUGAGACAAGGGGAUCCUUUGUCUCCGUAUCUGUUUAUUCUGUGUGCGGAAGGGCUUUCUCACUUGUUGACUGGCGCAGUUCGUCGGAAAGUAAUUUCACCUUGUGUCGUGGCAAGAGGAGCACCGGGGGUAUCUCACCUCUUCUUUGCUGACGACAGUUUAUUAUUUUUUAAAGCCACAGUGAAUGAAGCAGAAGCUGUCAAAGAUUGCCUUGUGAGCUAUGAACGCAUGUCAGGUCAGUGUGUCAAUUUUGGAAAAUCUUGUAUAAUUUUCAGCCGUAAUACGGAUGAUAUGAUCAAGAAUAAUGUGGCCACUGUGUUUAAUGUUCAACAAGUGCAUAAUAUAGGCCGGUAUCUAGGUUUGCCGAUGGGGGUUGGACGAAAUAAACGGGAAGUGUUUGAGUAUAUUGAGGCAAAACUCAAGCAACGGUUGGGAGGGUGGAAUAAAAAGGUGUUAUCCCGGGCUGGUAAAGAGGUAUUGCUUAAGAGUGUGGCCCAAGCUAUUCCGACAUAUACUAUGAGCAUAUACUAUCUUCCUGUUACUUUCUGCGAAAGGCUGGAACGUAUGAUGAAUAAAUUUUGGUGGUUGUCUAGUAGAAAUGGAGGAGGUGGUAUAAGGUGGAUGGCAUGGGAUCGAAUGUGUGGUCCGAAAUCUAUGGGUGGCUUGGGUUUUAAGAAUUUGCAUAAGUUUAAUGUUGCGCUGCUAGCUAAACAAGGUUGGAGGCUUUUAUCAAACCCAUGUUCAAUGGUGGCAAAAAUUUAUAAGGCUAGAUAUUAUGCAACAAAAGACUUUUUGGAUGCUAAUAUUGGGACUAAUCCAAGCUACUGUUGGAGAUCAAUUGUUGCUGGCCAAGAGAUUCUAAGGAAGGGUUGUUUUGUUCGAAUUGGAAAUGGUCAGAGUACAUGCGUGUGGAAUAAGCCUUGGCUACCGGACAUUGAGAACCCUUUUAUUCAAACACCGGCGCCGGAUCAUUCUGAUACAAUUAAGGUCAGUUCUUUGUUAAUCCCAAAUACGGCUGCAUGGGACAUUGAGCGUUUAAAUCAGUUAUUUAUGCCAAGGGAUGUGGAAUUAAUUAAGAAAAUACCAGUGUCACCGGCCUAUGAUGAUCGUUGGUGUUGGAGAGGAGAUAUAAGGGGAUGCUACUCUGUUAAGCAUGGAUACCGAAUGUUGGUGAAUUUACCAGAGUUAGAAGGAGGCGCGAAUCUGGGCUGGAAGAAAAUAUGGAAUCUGCAAAUACCUCCAAACAUCCGCAACUUCAUUUGGCGGUGUUUCCAUAAUAUGAUUCCAACGAUGGUUUCUCUUAGUCACCGCGGAGUAGCUGUUGAUGUUCAUUGUCCUCUGUGUCACCAGGUUCCUGAAACCCUUCAUCACCUUUUCUGUGAGUGUGAACAUACUGUGCAUUUAUGGAACACUCAUGAUGGUUUUAUUUUACCGGGGCACAAUGAAGGUUUUGUGGUGUGGUUGGCAGGUGUUGUGCAGAACAGCGAGACCAUGGUGCUGCUGGACAUCCUUGCUAAAUUAUGGUCUAUUUGGAGAGGAAGGAACAGUUUGGUCUGGAGUGCUAAGCCGUGGAAUAUUGAACGUGUGCGGUUGGAGGUGAUGCAACAUGCUACUUAUUGGCAGGGACUUUUAUCAUCUUCAGUUGGCGCUAUAGACAAUAAUCUUCCCAUGGUCAGUAGCGCAAUUAUGGAUACAGAAGUGGUUAGGAUUGAAGUUGAUGCUGACAAUAAUGAAGCUUACUAUGGUAUUGUAAUUUCAGAUGGAGAUGGGGUUUUCAUGGCUGCCAAGAAUGGUAAGCUAUGUUGCCUCAAUGACCCUCAUUUAGCGGAAGCCAUGGCGGUUAAAGAAGCUUUAUCUUGGGCGAAGGCAAGAGGUCACAAUAAAAUUAUGGUUCUCUCAGAUUGUCAAAUGGUGUGCAACCUUAUUAAUAGAAGUAUGUUGGAUCUAUCUUAUGCAGGUUGUGUGAUUGCUGAUUGCAGGAAUGAUCAAAGGCACUUUGAGGUAGUGUCAUUUAAGUAUUUUCCACAAUCAGUGAACAAAGCGGCUCAUGCUUUAGCAAGGGCAACUCGUUCUCAAACUGGUCCUUCUGUUUGGUUGUUUUCUAUUCCGAGUUGUAUUGAACAUUUGCUUUAA